AUGAGUGCUCCAGCUUAUUAUGAGCUCUACAGGAGAAGCACUAUUGGAACUGCUUUGCUUGAUGCCCUAGAUAUUUUAGUAAGUGAUGGAAAGAUCGAGCCUCAGCUAGCUAACGGCAUUUUGAACAACUUCGAUAGGAUCAUAUCCGAAAACUUGAAAGCCGAGAAAGGCUUCUGCAAAUCCAAGCUUACAUUCAAAGGCGAUUUGCACACUUAUCGAUUUUGCGAUGAUGUCUGGACAUUCAUUAUUAAAAAUGUGCAGAUCAAAAUGACGGAUGUUUCCAAUAAUGAUGGCAAUGACAGCGACAUUUCAGUUGAUAAAUUCAAAAUUGUUGCUUGCAACUCGAGGAAGGCAGGUGAACCGUAA